UGACAUAAACACUUAAACGAGUUUUCUAUCCGGGACUGGCGAGUAUAAGUACAAAAGAUAAUUUUCCUGUUUGAGUAUUUCCGUCAUGAUGAGGCUCUGUGAAACCAACUACCUGGCCAUUCUCGUACUCUGUGCGGUGUUAGUGCUAGCCAUACAGGCACGGUCCCCUCCACGGAGAGAUGCAUGCUGGAACUACAAAUGUCCCAGAGGCCAGGUGUGUAAAGUGAUGCCGAUUCGAUGUAUCAAAGCGCCAUGUCCCGGCGACACGCCCACCUGCGUCAAAUUCCCGUCAAUUCCUCAUUCAGGAACAUGUCCUAAGCCAGUGCCAGGAGUUUUUGGAAUAUGUGUUGUCCGCUGUUUCUCUGACGAUGAAUGUGGUAUAGGACAGAAGUGUUGUGGUGGCUGUCCACGUGAGUGUAAGAACGUCAGCGGCGUUAUCGUGAAGCCGGGACGCUGUCCUUUUGACGUCGACCUUCCCUGGUUACGGUCAAAGUCAAGCUCUCGAAGAUGCAGACGAUCCUGCAGCUAUGAUGGCGACUGUCCACGGAAUUUGAAAUGUUGUAAAGUAGGACGGUGUGGCAAAACAUGUCUAAGACCCAGUAGAAUAUACUGGUGAAAACCCAAACAUUUAAGUAAUAAAAUACUGUAAACGGUGUAGACAGACAGCGGAAAGAAACUAAUCUGCUAUACAGACUGUAGUUUGAAACUAGUCUAUCGGGAAAAAAGUACUAUCGGAAAUCAUGAGUUGUUUCAGUUUAGAAAUUAUGCAGCUUUCCAAACGAUCUACACUAGUAUUCAGUCCACGUUUCUCUUUAUGUCAUCUUGAUAUGUAUAUACACAUGUAUGUAUGUUGUUGUGAUUAAGAGGAAGAACGACGAAGUCAAAACAACCGUGUGUAUGUUUCGGUUUAACCCAAAUAAAAAUAUUUAAGGUAAAUCAA